ACUUUUAUUCUCUCACCAAUCAAAAUAAAUUCACGUCGUAGUCGCAUUCAAAAAAAGGGGCGACAUAAGCAAAGUUAAGUGUUUUCGUGAAAAAAUUGUGCAAAUUGCUCAUUCGCUUUGUUCUUAGCCUUCGGGGUAACCAAAGGUGAUCGACACAAAACUAGGCAUUAUCAGACUCAGCACUAGCCAUGGGAAACGCAGGCAGUAAUCUUCCCCGUGAACGUCACAAGUCUGGUUCGCACGAUCUAAUUCCGGGAUCACCUCUCAAGGACGGACAGGCUUUUGUGUUCGACAAAAAACCGGACCCGAACCAUAGGUUGGUAUUCCAGAGGAGUGAUGAAGACGUCGAACCGUACUACUCUAAAUCGGUUCCGGAACCGGAAUUUCUAAGGGACCACCGUAAACGAUCCAAUACCAUGUCGGAAGAAUCGGCACUGAUGUGCGAGGAAGAUGGGAAUGAGGAGCAGAAAACUGCUCUACCUACUGUCUUCAAGUGGGAGGGCGGUGGCAAACAGGUGUAUAUAAGUGGAACAUUUUCGGAAUGGAAAGCCAUACCAAUGGUUAAAAGUCAUGGGGAUUUUGUUACGAUUAUUGAUCUUCCGGUGGGGGAUCAUCAGUACAAGUUUUGCGUCGAUGGCGAGUGGAAGCAUGAUCCGCGAUUGAAAAACAUCGAAAACGACGUUGGAACCAAGAAUAAUUUGGUAUCCGUUCGUCAGUCUGAUUUUGAAGUUUUUCAAGCACUCGCCAAGGACAGCGAAGAUACUGGAAAGGACGAGACCAAAGAGUAUAGUCAAGAUAUACCAACGAGCAAGCCUUGGGGUAAGGAAUCGGGACCACCGGUGCUGCCACCGCAUCUGCUGCAAGUUAUCCUGAACAAGGAUACGCCCCUCUCGUGCGAGCCAACACUACUUCCGGAACCGAACCAUGUAAUGCUGAACCACUUGUAUGCCUUGUCCAUCAAGGACGGUGUAAUGGUUCUCAGUGCCACACAUCGAUAUCGGAAGAAGUACGUUACGACGCUGUUGUACAAACCCAUUUAAAAUGCAGUGCCGACAGGUGGCAAUUAUUGUUCAAUUUUCUAUUGCUAUCUCAGCACUUGUUUGGUUAGAUUCGUCUAGGAAGUGCAUGGAUUAUAUUGUGUUGUUCUGUAGAAGGUAGGUAAGUUUCCAGAAUAUUGUACACUGUGAAAGAUUAGAUAUGUGGUUCAAAAGUGAAUAAAUUCAGUGAGUAUCAAGAACGAUUUCGUGUGCGCACAGAUCAACGUUCUUUUAAUUAAUAUGUAUGUUUUGACUAAUUCGGAACCACGUUAGAUAACUAGUUAAAUAACACAGAAUUUUAUUAUUUAUGUACAUUAUUACGGAUAUAAAUAAAGUGUUUGCCAUUCUAAUAAAACUAUUAGAUAAGGUUUUUGGUAGAAGCAAACAAAUAGAA